AUGGAAAAUGUCUCCUGGAUAAGACACAGAGACUUACACCUCCUGACCGUAGGUAGAUUCACCUACACCUCCGACCAGAGAUUCAUCAGCAUCCACAACCCUAUGACUGAAGACUGGACCCUUCAAGUUCGGUAUCCUCAGAGACGGGAUAGCGGGGUCUACGAGUGUCAAGUGGGCACCACGCCGCCUAUCGGAACCACAAUGUUUUUAUCAGUCGUGGGUGAGUGA